AUGAAAGGUUUUGAUUUGAUGAAACAAGGGGCUGAGGCAAGGCUCUACGUGGGAAUGUAUUUAGGAAAGCCGACGAUAGCAAAAGAAAGAUUCAAGAAGGCCUACAGACAUGAAAUUUUGGAUGACUUGUUGACCAAAGAGAGGAUCAAAGCUGAAAGUAGAGCUAUAGUUCGCUGUAAAAUGGCCGGAAUCAGAACCCCAACUAUAUAUUUGGUUGACUUUAACAGACGAAUAAUCUUCAUGGAAUAUUUCACAAAUAGUAUUACUGCAAAGGAAAUGAUUGAGAAUCAGUCACAAUCAACUGAUAAGACUUUGGAACUGUUUUCAUUGGAACUUGGGAAACUAUUAGGAAGAAUGCAUGGAGCUAACAUCAUUCAUGGUGAUUUAACAUCCUCCAAUAUCCUCCUAUUUAAUCAUAUGCAAAACUUGGAAGUUGUUCUUAUUGAUUUUGGACUGGCGCACAUAGAAUCUAACACAGAAGAUAAAGCAGUGGACUUAUAUGUGUUGGAACGAGCACUAUUAAGUACUCAUAGCAUAGCAGAUAAACUUUUUGAUAAAAUUCUUGAAGGAUACAGGGCACAUUAUAAGCAAGGCAGUAAAGAGGUCUUGAAAAAAAUGGAUGAGGUCAGAGCAAGAGGAAGGAAAAGGACAAUGGUGGGAUAG